AUGACUGAUACUGCUGAAACUACCACCACUACUGAGCGCGUUUCCUCCUCAACUUGCUUCAUCUGCAACGAGCCUGGUCACUUCGCCAGAGAUUGCCCUCAGGCUACUAGCAGCAGUCGUCCUACUGGUCGUCGCCCUAUGAACUGCUACAACUGUGGCAAGCCCGACCAUCUCGCUCGUGAUUGCCCUAAUGAGCAGACCAACCAAAGCCUUGCUUCAAAUGCGGUCAAGUCGGUCACUUCGCCAGGUGAGACACAGUCCAGUAUUCAGUUAUGA